AUGCAACCUGGAAAGAAGUGGAGCUGCGACGGGAAGAAGCUCCUGGAAACCGCAGGGUUGACCCUCACCGUCCGUCGCAAGAAGCCGGCGGUGGUCGUCAACUCGCAGGGCAAAGGGCAGACCGGUCCGGCCGACCCGCUUGCAGGGGUCGAGAGCGUGCAGCCUGGGCGGCUCAGAGACAAGGAGCUUGAGCGGCUCGACAAGAUUCAGGCGAUUCGCAACAGCUCGAGCGUCGCCGACACCAUCAUCCACACCUCCCUCGAUCUCUCCGACGCCUCCUCCGAGCCCUCGACGAGCUCGCGGAGCAAUGCGCACAUCACUCUCGGCAGCGGCGCAGCCAGCCCCGACGAGGCUGCCGCCAAGGCGAUCGGCAUGGAAGAGCACCUCGACGCGCUGCUGCAACACGCGAGCCGGGCCAAGCAGACGGCCAGCGGCUUCACGCGGCUGCAAGAGCCGGGCGCUGGCGGGGCGGUGUCCGACAAGUCGGCGGCGGCCAAGCCCUUCCAGGCGCAACUCAGCGAGCUCCUCUCCCACUACGGCGUGCCCAGCUCGAAGCAGUCCCUGGCGAAGUGGGUGCAGGGAACGGUUCGGAAGUGCGUGGAUCGCACGCCGUGCGGCAGCGCCCUGCGCUCGGCCUCGAAUGCGCGUCCUCGAUGGCUGUCAAAGUGCCUACCCAAGCCGGGCGCGGGCUCCGCCUCGAAGGCACCCGAGCCGCAGUUCCGCGACGCUCUCGACCACGUGGGGAGGCAGCAGCGCGAGGGGAUCGAGAUCCUCCGGAGAGCGCGCCGCGCUGUGGCUGGCGUGGGAGCCGCUGCCUGA